AUGACGUCCCUCCCGCGCAUUGAGCAGGCUCGGAUGCAGAAGCAGGUAUCUCUCCCCGAGUUCAGAAAACUUACCGGUCAUGUGGCCGUGGGAGGGCAGUGCCUGUCUCAGGGCCUGAUGCCUGGGGACGAUGAGACCACCGUCUCGAAAUGGUCUCCCUUCGCCAUUGGAAACCCCAGAGUCGAGACGGUGAAGGAUCUGAUCUCCCUGCAUUCCAAAGGGGGCAUCGGUGCCCCAUGGGCGGAAGAUCGCUCACGCCCGAUCGCGGGAAUCGACAUCGCCCAGCGAGGUGGCUCCUACUCGUCCUACUUUGCGUUGACCGACCACCGGCGCCGGCACACACGCUGCCCCAACGGGCCUGAGGCUUGCUUCGACCAGGUCAAGGGUCCGCCCAUCACAUCCUACGAUGUGGGCUUCUACCCGCAAGAGUUGCGCCCACCCAGGUAUCCGAUCUCCUCCACGUGGAUAUCGCGAAGUGCGUCGGAGUUGCAGAAGACCAUGAAGAAUCUGAAGGGGCGCUAG